AUGGCUCCGUUUCGUAACUUCCUGAGCAGAAGGUCGGCGGCCCCCAAUGGUGGGGAGAUCGAGAACAUCCACGAAGACAACCGGGUGUCCACAGAGAGUCAUCACUCCAAUCCGUUGAGUAUCAGAAACAGCUACGAAAAAGAACCCCCCGAAUAUAAAUUGAGUGUUGUCGACGGUAACGGUGCUUAUCUGCCGCCCUCGCCCCCAGAGAAGCAGAGUUUCUGGAAGAAAUAUCCUGGUCCGAACCGAUCGUCAAAUCAUCGAGAUCUCGUUGACGAUAAUGAACCCUUCUCAAUAUCCCGCGAAUCAUUCGAUUCGUACCGGCGGUCAUUUGAUAUUACCGCUCGCUCUCCAGUGAGCUACACCGACACAAUGCCUUCUCGAACUUCACUAGACUCACGGUUCUCCCGCAUGACGUCGCAAUCUACGUCGCACACGAACGGAUUCUCGAAGCCCGAGGCUAUGGAAGAAGAGAAGUUUGAGGAUGUGGGCCUUGACGACGAAGAGGUUAAACCCAAAAAGAGAGGCAUCUUCUCUCGGUUUAGCGAUUUCUCUGGCGAGUCGCAGGCAUCUGGAAACACGAAACCUGCAUCGCAACACCUUGGAUUUCACAUCCCUGGCAGGAAAAAGGGAUCCACCACUCUCGAAUCUGAGUUAGGUACGAUCAGGCCACCUGUCAGUGCAGGAGCCGAGACCGCCUGA